GGGCAUCUUAUUUUUGCUGUAAAAAUUAAGUUGGCAUUGGUUUCAGCAUUUAAAAACCAUGGCCUUCUUUGAAAUAAAAGAUCUCAUGCUAGAUUGUCAGCCUUGAGAUCUUUGGUGUUGGUCUCAAAAAACAUUUUCUUCAACGUGAUUUGCCUGCUGCAAUUUAAAUUUCCAUGGAGAUUGUCUUGGAUUGGAGCAGUACAGGAUUUUUACCUCUGCCUGGUCUUAUUCUGAGGAUCUGUGCCGCCGGCGGGCUGCGGUGGCCGGCCGGUGUCCUGUGCUGACCUCCCGCGGUCGGGUACAGACACCGCUGGGCCAUGCCGCGGCCGGCGCUGUGGCUAGAUGGCGCUACCAGCCGGUGGCGGCGCUACAAGCGCUCCCUGUCGGCGUCUGCCACCGUCCAGGGAGAGGUGGUGCCCUCGGCGGGUCGGGAGCUGGCCUCUCUGAUGGCUGACCACGGCCUGAUGCGCGUCCUACAGGUGUACCCGAGCGACAUGCCAGUGCGUCUGUUCGCCGAACUGAGUCUCUCCGAGGUGUCUAACAUUGAGGACGGCCAGACUCGGGCGGAGGUGGAGCGGGCGUUGGAGUUGGCCAGGGAGGCAGUCCUGCAGAGACAGACCGGGGUGGGCGGCGCGUCGGGCGGCGGCGGCAGCGGCAGCGGCAGUCUGUCCGUGUCGCCAGCGACGACCGGGCCGCCGCCGCUGCUCAGUCGCCGCUCGGUGGACGAGUCGGCCAUGGCGUGUGGCCACCGGCGGCCGCUGGUCCGGCACAGCUCGGACGACACGCGCCGGAGACGGGAGAGUUUCGCGGCCGGCGGGCCGGCGCACAGCUCGGCCAGUUCGAUCGGCCUCGGCCACGGCUCAGGAGAGGGGUCGAACCUGCUGCGGAUGCGCCGCUCCAACCUGGGCCGGUCGGCGCCGUCUCUUUCGGCCAGCCUGAAGGAGCUGAACAUCAGUAAGCGCUCGUCGCGGGCCCACCGCCGCUCGGUUAUCGUCACAUCGUCACCGACACUGCCGAGAUGUCACUCACCAAUGCCAGGCAGUCCCGUCGACAGCCCCAAGAAUAUGUCACCGAACCAGCACUUCGCGUUUGCCGCCGUGAAACGGACGGUGGACGGGCGACGCUGGUCGGUGGCCUCCCUACCGUCGUCCGGGUACGGCACCACUCCCGGCAGCUCCAACGUCUCGUCUCAGUGCUCCUCCCAGGAGCGGCUGCACCAACUGCACUGCUGUGCCCAGCCUCCCCCUCCGCCGGCGCCGGUCACCGGAGACCUGGCGCGUCACUUUUCGUCCAACGAGUCCAACCCCAGCCUGGAGGAGGAGGGCCGCUCGUCGCCGCUGGUCCGGCCUCGCUCCCGGUCUCUUAGUUCACCCAUGCGCACGCCUCUGAUUGACAAUGACGUGGUGAUCAUGAACACACUCUACAAGGAGCGCUUCCCCAAGGCGACGCAGCAGAUGGAGGACCGUCUUCAGAAGCUAAUUGAGGAGAACGAGGUGACUGAUUUGGAGACGGAAGACUCGUCACCCUCGGCGGUGGCCAUCCUCCGCUUCGUGCGGCAUCAGGUGAUGGAAAUGGUUCGCGACUGUCUGAGCAAGUCUCAGGAGCGGUGUAUCACAAGUCGCUACUUUUACGACCUCUCAGAGAACCUGGAGAAGUUGCUCAAUGAGACCCGGGAGAAGUCAGCCGAGGCGGCCCGCCGGGUGAGCUCUCUGGUCCGUCGCCUCCUUCUCAUCAUCUCUCGGCCGGCGCGGCUACUCGAGUGUCUGGAGUUCGACCCGGAGGAGUUCUACCACCUUCUGGAGCGGGCCGAGGGACAGGCGCGCUCCUGUCAGGGUAUCACUACCGAUAUACCGCAGUACAUCGUCAGCAAACUGGGCCUGAAGCGCGACCCGCUGGCAGAGCUGACCGAAGACUUAGUACAAAUGGAGGAGGAGGCGUCGGCGUCCGCUCCGCCGCAGGCCUCCACUCCUAAGAAGGCCGACGGAGAGGACGCCAAACCGAUGCGGAGGACUGUGCACAAGGUGGCCAGCGAGGACGACUACGAGCGUGUAAAGCUGAUCUCGAACGGCGCGUAUGGCGCCGUCUACCUAGUACGGCAGCGCGGUACGCGACAGCGCUUCGCCCUGAAGCGGAUCAGCAAGCAGAACGUGGUGCUGCGGAACCAGAUGGAGCAGGUGCUGGCCGAGCGAGACAUCAUGAGCUUCACCGACAACCCCUUCGUCGUCAGCAUGUACUGCAGCUUUGAGACCAAGCGGCACCUGUGUAUGGUAAUGGAGUACGUUGAGGGCGGCGACUGCGCCUGCCUGCUGAAAAACAUCGGUAUCUUGCCCGCCGACAUGGCGCGACUCUACUUCGCCGAAACUGUGCUGGCUGUCGAAUACCUCCACAGCUUUGGCAUCGUACACCGUGAUCUAAAGCCGGAUAAUUUACUCAUUACCAGCAUGGGACACAUCAAGCUGACCGACUUUGGGCUCAGCAAGAUGGGCCUCAUGUCACUGGCCACGAAUUUGUACGAGGGGUAUAUCGACAAAGAGACGAAGCAGUUCUCGGAUAAACAGGUGUUUGGCACGCCCGAGUAUAUCGCGCCGGAGGUGAUCCUACGGCAGGGAUACGGCAAGCCGGUCGACUGGUGGAGCAUGGGUAUCAUCCUGUACGAGUUCCUGGUCGGAUGCGUGCCCUUCUUUGGCGACACACCCGAGGAGCUGUUCGCGCACACCGUCAAUGAUGACAUUGAGUGGCCGAGCGACGAGGAGUUCCAGGUGCUUCCCGAGGCCCGUGACCUGAUCUCCCAGCUGUUACAGCAGACCCCUCUGGAAAGACUGGGGACAGGCGGUGCCCAGGAGGUCAAGGACCACGCGUUCUUCCUGAACCUGGACUGGACGAACCUGCUGCGCCAGAAGGUCGAGUUUGUACCGCAGCUGGAGGACGACGAAGAUACCAGCUACUUCGACACCCGGGCGGACCGGUACAAUCACGAUCUGGAGGAUGACACGGACGAUACCGAGGAGUCGCUGCUCUUUUCUUCGUUCUCGUCCUGCUCGCCCAGAUUCAAAAAGUCGCAGGGUCGUCUGGACCUGCGCAAGUCCAUGUCGCAGGGCGACUCGGGCCAGUCGGACCAGAGUGAGUCGUCGGCAGCCGGCAGCGGCGAGGCGGCCGACUCCGGCCGGCUGGCUCGUAUCCAGCACGUCAGCAGCCUGCCGGACGUGCCGCUGCGACUGUGGUCGGGUGCUGCCGGACCGGGCCUGGGCCGGAGCCCGUUUAUCACUCCGGACAGCUCCCAGACGGAGAGCGAGGACGUGUCGCCUCAGGUGCAGCGGCGCCGACGGCACCGCGAGCCACGGCCGGCCGUCGCCGUCGACAAGGCAGACGGAGGGUCAACGGGUACCGACCACGUCCGCGAGCUCUCGCCCGUCGAGGAGUCUGAGAAGUCACCGCCGCGUAACUCUCCCACGGUGGAGUGCGGUACCGCGGAACGUGCUGCGCGGUCGGGGCCUGGCGCCAAGACCACCGCUGCUGCUCCCGCUACAACCACUACCACUCCCGCUACUGCGGCUCCUGCUCCUACAACCACCAGCUCGGCCCCCGCCGCCAUCGGUACCCUCGCCGGCCCCGCGGCGGCCGCUGGCGGAGAGCGACCAGCACCCACCGGCGGCAGUCUGCGUCCCCCGACCGCCGCCACGCCGCCGCCGCCCAUCAUACGUACCCCGGGCGGCGCACCGCCGCUGCCGGCUGGCGCGCGGCCCAAGGCCUCGUCACCAAUGCACCGGGUCAUUAAGUCGGCGUCGGCGUCCGGUCUCAACCUCAUGAUACCGCCUGAGGACGCCUGCCCGCAGCCGGUCCAGUCCCCGGGCGGCUCGUCCACGGCCAGCUCGCGGGACGCCUCCCCGUGCCGGGAGCUCUCGCCGCUGCUCAACAACCUGAAGCCGCCCGUGAUCCUGCGGCGCGGCGCGCGUGGCUUCGGUUUCACCAUCCGCGCGAUCCGUGUGUACCUGGGAGACUCGGACUACUACACGGUCCACCACCUUGUCAUGACGGUGGACUCUGGUAGUCCGGCGUUCGACGCCGGCCUCCGUCCGGGCGACCUCAUCACGCACAUCAACGACGAGCCGGUGCAGGGCCUGUUCCACACGCAGGUGCUGCAGCUGCUGCUGUCCGGUGGUGACCGGGUCACUCUGCGCGCCACACCGCUGGACCAGACCUCCAUCUCCAGCGGCGGCCGAAAGCGCGCGCCCGGAGCCGCCAAACUGGCGCGCCGCGCCGGCAAUCGCCGCAAACGCAAGGAGAGCAGCGUCGACAAACGACGAAAGGCGUCUCUACUGCGGAAACUGAGCAGCAAGCGCGCCAGUGCUGAGAUUCAUCAGAUGGCCAGCAACUCGCCGAUGCAGCUGACUCCGAGCCGCAGCUUCUCCUCUCUGAGCCGCUCCGUGUCCUGUGAACCGGGCGCCGCGGCUCGGCCGGCUCACCGGCUCAGUCACAGCGACUCAUCCAACUCAUCGUCUCCCUCGUCCUCUGUGCCGAAUUCGCCGGCGGCGGCAGCAGCGGCGGCCGCGGCCGGUCAGUUCCAGCCGCGGCCCUCCUCCCUGCACGGCCUCAAGCACAAGCUGCACGCGGCCACCAAGUCUGCGCACGCCGCCAGUCGACGUAAGUCGGUGGGCCACAUCCCGCUGAGCCCGCUGGCGCGCACACCGUCUCCCAGUCCGCUGCCGGUGUCGCCAACCCGGUCACCCAGUCCGCUGGCGUUCCCCGUGGCGCAUACGUCCUCGGCACCGGCCUGUUCGGUGCAGUCGUACAGCCCGGGGGCCGCCAGUCUGGCGCCGACUGCCGCAGCCAAGGCGUACAUGCGGCCCAAGUCUGCCGAGCCGGGCAGCCCUCUGUUGCGGCGCGCGCUGUCGCCGGACCGGCUGCAUCGAGCCGACGGCCGGCCGGCCAUCUCUCCUCUGGUUUCGUCGCCGCCGCCGCGGGUGACGGUGACGGCACAGUCGCCGCCGCCGACCGACGGAGCGCUCACCUCGUCUGACGGAGGGGCCAGUCCGGACCUGUCCCGGCGGCCGCGCGCUCAGCCCCACUGCCGCCACCACCGGCGACCGGGGCCGCGGCGGCCGGACACUCCGCCCGCGGGAACCCCGCCACCGGCCGCGCCACCGGGACGGUCGCCGGCGCGGGCCGAGCAGACGGUGUACGUCUCCACGGUGACCCACCGACCGGCCGAGGCUGGUGACGGGGCCGGGGAGAAGCCUCCUUCGUCCUCCGAGCGACCGUCGAGCAGAGAACGCAGCAGGCGCCGCGAGGGCAGUCUGCGCCGGCGGGCGGCGCGCGUGGAACCAGAGGAUAAGGUGACGGCGGCAGGGACGGCCUCGCCCACCCGACCGCCGCCCUCUCCUGCCGAGAGCAGGCGCUCGGCGCAGGAGAAACGAACUGCCUACAGGAAUACCAGCGCCACAACGAAAGACGAUGAUGUGCGGCCCUAGGCGGCCUUUAGUGAUCACAUGUGAUAUCUUAGUGCUGACUGUCCCGGCGCGUGUGCCACUCAGUGUAUUUAUUGGCGCUCGCUUGGUGACUCGGCUUCUAUUCUGUCCGCGCUGGCUCGUCGUCUCGUAGUGUGUAUGUGUGUGUGUGUGUGUGUGUUGCGCAGAGCACCACUCGUCCGUCGGUGUUUCUAGGUUGGACUGGCGGGCGGGCCAGGCUGGCUAACGCCCUUUUGUCUCUAACUGCUGUGGGGUCUGGGGCUCGGCUGGCACGGUCUCGUAUCUCAUCUCUGGCCCUUGGGCGUUUGUGUGUGUGUGUGUGGGCGGCUGGCCUCCUGAGGGAUCUGGGUGUCGGCCGGGGCCCCUGUGAUGGGCUGGGGCCCUUCGUUGGGCAGGGGCCCUCUGAGGGGUCUGUGUGGCCAUCGGGGGUCCUCUGAGGCGUCUCUUGGCCGGCCGGGGCCCGGCAUUGUGCCGUCCGUUCGCCGCGCCGCCCCGGGCCCGUCGAAUGUUCACUCUUCCUUUUCAUCGAUUCCAUCUGAAUGUGUGUCUCAACUCAUCGUGUAUCUCCGGCGGUUAGUCGCUGGGAGUAAUUUGGGGGGCUGGCUGCUGGUCGGAUGUCUCCGCUGUCUAUUAGCGACACCCGCCGGUCGCGGGCGCAGCCGAACGAUAAUAAAGGGGAGGGGCAAGCCUUGUUUGCGAAUAUUGGCAGUGAUGCAGAGGAUCCAUUUGUCGCCAUUGGCUCUGGAUGACCUGAAGUUCGAAUUGUGACCGCCGGCCGUCCCCGCUGGAUGGGAAGGAUUGGGCGCCGCCGAGUGAACAGCUCUGGUGUGAUAUCGCCGGGCUGCGGUCGGCGGCAGCUGGUAACGUUUGAGGGACGACCGGCGCGGCUGCUGCACCCACUCAUGACCAAAGCACAAUAUAUGUAUUCGUCGAUACAUCCGA